UCGGACGUCUCGCCAUCUCCCUCGAGUCUUUCGUUGCCUCACUCACGGUCACUGCCGCACUCACCGUCGAUCAGCUGCAUUGCCGUCGAAUUCUCAGCCAUUGCGCAUUUGGCUGCUCAGCCCCCGCGCCUUCGACAGAGAAUCCAGGAGCCUUGGUCUUUUCUCUGCUAAAUUCGGUCUCUUCUCAAAUCUGCGCUACGUCGUUGAGUGAUUCUUGCAAACAGCUAUUGUAGAGGGAUGACAAAUCCUUGAUGCAUCCCUCAUGGAAAAUGAACUCAUAGAUGAAUGGGAGAUUAUUUGGGAGAGGAAUAAUCUCAUGUUGUCACGUCAAACAGCAGAAAUGAUUUCAAAUCCAUUCUGUUCUGAAAUCCUUUCAAAUACAAGUAUUCCAACCAGAGGGUAAAUUCAAUUCUUAGAACACCCAUUUUCCUUCCAUCAUUCACCUUCGGAUUCGAGAUUUGAGAAGCUUCUUGUUGGUGGCAGAUGUCUAAUAAAGAUGAUAUUGAGAACCCCAAUGCUGAUAAGGUCCAGAAAGGGUUAGUGGCUUCUGCUUUGUCAGGUGAGAGCCCACCAAACUGGUAUGCCAUUGUUCUACAGCAAGUCUCAAUAUAUGGUGUUGCUGCUGGGUACUGUGUUUCUGCAUCCCUGCUUUCCAUCAUCAAUAAAUGGGCAAUCAUGAAGUUCCCUUACCCAGGUGCACUGACUGCUCUACAAUACUUCACUAGUGCAGCUGGAGUUUUCAUUUGUGGUUGUGCUGGAUUUAUCGAAUACGAUCGACUUGAUCUCUUGACAAUGUGGCGGUUCCUACCUGCUGCAUUUAUAUUCUAUCUUUCCCUAUUCACCAACAGUGAACUUCUCUUGCAUGCCAAUGUCGAUACAUUCAUUGUUUUCCGCUCAGCAGUUCCAAUUUUCGUCGCUAUCGGUGAGACCCUUUUCCUGCACCAACCCUGGCCAUCAAUGAAGACAUGGGUCUCGCUCGCUAUCAUCCUCGGUGGCAGUGUUCUUUACGUACUGACAGAUUAUCAAUUCACAUUGGCAGCAUACAUUUGGGCUUCGGCUUAUCUCAUUAGCAUGUCCAUAGAUUUUGUAUACAUAAAGCAUGUUGUUAUGACCAUAGGGCUGAACACAUGGGGCCUUGUGCUGUAUAACAACUUAGAGGCACUUCUUUUGUUUCCAUUGGAGCUUCUUAUCAUGGGUGAACUCAAGAAAAUCAAGCACGAAAUCUCAGAUGAAUCUGAUUGGCACUCAUUUGCAGUGGUUUUGCCUGUUGGGUUAUCAUGUUUAUUUGGUUUGUCCAUAUCUUUCUUUGGGUUCUCUUGUCGCAGGGCAAUAUCUGCUACUGGAUUCACUGUACUCGGAAUUGUCAAUAAACUCCUCACUGUAGUGAUUAAUCUUGUCAUCUGGGAUAAGCAUUCGACGUUCAUUGGAACAAUGGGGCUAUUGAUAUGUAUGUCCGGUGGAAUCUUGUAUCAACAAUCUUCAAGCUCAAAGCCGAAAGAGGUGGUAGGGGCACAAGAAACAGUGGAAGAAGAGCAACAAAAGCUACUUGAUGAUAGGCCAAGCAAUUCAGAUGAACAACAAAAGCAAGUUGAGAUGCCAAGCGUUCCAGAUAGCAGCGACGCCGAGAACAAAGUUAGUCGAUCGGAGGAUGCGAGAUCAUGAGGUGCUUCUAAAUGGUAAUGCUUCUAUAACAAUUGUAUUUGGUUGCAUUAUUUGAUUCAUAUUUAUCAUUUGUAGCAUGCUAAUAUUGUUUAGUUGCAUUUUGAUGUAUA